GCUCUGAAGAGACCACUUUCUAGUUAAAGAUGGCUGCUGAUACCUCUGUUGAAAUACUUCAAAAAGUUCUGGAGAAUGAAAUACUUCAGACUACCAAGGUUGUGGAAGAACGUCUGGAUGCUGAAAUGCAGAAGCUGGACCAAAUGGAUGAAGAUGAAUUAGAAUGCCUUAAACAAAGGAGGCUUGAGGCACUAAAAAAGGCCCAGCAGCAGAAACAAGAGUGGCUUUCAAAAGGACAUGGAGAAUACAGAGAAAUCCCAAGUGAGAGAGACUUUUUCCAAGAAGUCAAAGAAAGUAAAAACGUGGUUUGCCAUUUCUAUAGAGAUACAACGUUCAGGUGCCAAAUAAUGGACAAACAUUUGAGUGUGUUGGCAAAAAAGCACAUUGAGACAAAAUUCUUGAAAUUAAAUGCUGAAAAAUCUCCUUUCUUGUGCGAGAGACUGCGUAUCAAAGUAAUUCCCACUCUAGCACUAGUAAAAGAUGGAAAAACACAAGACUAUGUUGUGGGCUUUACUGAUCUCGGUAAUACUGAUGACUUCACUACAGAGACCUUAGAAUGGAGAUUAGGCUGUGCAGACAUAAUUAAUUACAGUGGAAACUUGAUGGACCCACCUUUUCAAAGUCAAAAGAAGUUUGGAACAAGCUUUACGAAGUUGGAUAAGAAGACCAUCAGAGGAAAGAAAUAUGAUUCAGAUUCUGAUGAUGACUAGAAGAACAGCUAGAUGUAUUUGUAAAUCAUCUUUUGUUUAUGCUUGGUACAUUUCUAAGAAUGUUUUUUAUAAAGCUUACUGCUUUUCAUUACGUCUGCACAUAAUGCUCAUUUUUCUAUACAGUUUUAUACAACUGAGUCAUAGUAGAAAAAAGCUUAA